GGUAGUGCAGUGUGUUGACCAUUUGCUACGUUAAUUUUUAGUCUUAUUUAUCUCCAAUAAUGCCGUAUGCUAACCAGCCGACGGUGAAAAUCACAGAAUUGACAGACGAAAAUGUCAAAUUUGUCAUUGAAAACACUGACUUGGCGGUUGCAAACUCAAUCCGCCGUGUAUUCAUGUCAGAAGUUGCAACUAUAGCAAUCGACUGGAUCCAGAUUGACGCCAAUUCUUCAGUACUGCAUGAUGAGUUCAUCGCACACAGAGUUGGUCUCAUACCUCUCACAAGUGAUGACAUUGUGGACAAAAUGCAGUAUUCUAGGGACUGUACCUGUGAUGAUUUUUGUCCAGAGUGUUCUGUUGAGUUGACCCUGGACGUUCGAUGCACGGAGGACCAGACGCGUCAUGUCACCUCGCGAGACCUUUUGUCCAACAACCCCAGAGUCAUCCCGGUGACUUCCAGGAGUCGAGACAAUGAUCCCAACGACUAUGUUGAACAGGAUGACAUUUUACUGGUGAAGCUUCGUAAAGGUCAGGAGCUGCGGCUCAGGGCGUACGCCAAGAAAGGCUUUGGUAAGGAGCACGCAAAGUGGAACCCAACGGCAGGGGUUUCCUUUGAGUAUGACCCAGACAACGCACUGAGGCACACAGUCUACCCACGACCUGAGGAGUGGCCGAAGAGUGAAUACUCGGAGAUUGAGGAGGAUGAGGUUCAGGCUCCUUAUGACCCCAAUGGAAAACCUGAAAGGUUCUUUUACAAUGUGGAGUCAUGCGGCUCUCUGAGACCAGAGACCAUCGUCAUGUCAGCGCUGGCCGUCCUUAAGAAGAAGCUGAGUGAUCUGCAGACGCAGCUGAGCCACGAGAUCCAGAGCGACGUGCUCACCAUCAACUGAGGGCCGCUCCUUAACAGAGCAGGACCUGCAUUUACACAGCUUUGUUAUGAUCAGAGGGCUGAUUUAGCACUGUUGAAGUCACAAUUGGCUAAUGGAUUUAGUUCUAAAAACGACUGUUUAUUGUUUCAUUAUUUGAAAUUAGCAUCAUUAUUGUGAGACCUCCGUGUACAAAAUGACGGUUCAUGUGGAUAUGUAUUCCUGAAAUUAUUUCAGCCCCAGCAGUGAUUGUAAGCUAAGCUCUGUGUGUGUUCAAGCAUGCAAUGCAAGGUCAGCAUCUGAAAGGAGUUUGUCUCAGAGUGAUACAAAUGUAGUUUUGUUGUCGGUAGUGUAACAGUUACACUAUUAGAUUAUUAUUU